CUUCUCCAUUUAGAUACUACGGUCGCCGGGCUCCGGAGUUUCAAAUUUCAAAACGACCGUUGACAGAAUUUCCCAUCGUAACGGAGCAUUGGUUCACCGUUCGCUGGAAAGAAAGCGAUCAACAAAAUUUCUUUACGUGCUUCGCGCUGUCUUUAUCAGUACUCGUAGCAGUUCAAAUACCAUAUCUCUCAGCUUUUAUCAAUGGAAGAUCUAAGUCCUCAUUCCUGGCAAGACCCCCUUCUUAUCACCGACGUUUCUUCUCAGCAAUUGCUACAUUUCAGCUCAUACCCUUGUCCUAAUCCACCAUUUUCUGGUUUUACAUGUUCUCCGGUGCAAGUGAUCCCAGAGAGUACAUAUGCUGAUCCAAUUAUGGAAAGUAUAAUGAAAGAAAGAAAGAUUAUACAUGAUUAUCAUCCUGAUCCAAUUGUAGAAAAUGCAAUGGGUGAUACUUACACCACAACUCCAUAUUCAAUAGAGCCAGAAUUGCAAGAAAGGAUCACAGACGCUAUUCAUCCUGAUCCAAUUGUAGAAUAUACAGUGGCAGGCAGGGAGAUAUUGGCGUUUUCAUUAACAUCUCCUGAUUUGGUGAUCUGUUCUGAUUCGCCGGAAAUUCCCACACAAUUCUAUGAAGAAUCACCUGAAAUUUUCAAGUGUGGCUCAUUUGCAGUGUCUUUACAGAAUGGUUUAGAGGGAUCUGAAGCUAAGGAUUCUAAUGAUAAGCCACUUUCUUCUGCAAAGCUUUCAGCUUCAUUUUGUGGAUUAAAAGAUGAAUUUGAGCUUCCUCCCCCACCAGUGGUGGAAGAGUUUUCACCAGUCCUCUCAAGCGCUAUAGUGAGCAUUAAUGUUGGACUAGACAAAGAGUUGGGAUGUCCACAACUGCCACAAAGCAGUAAGUUUUGGAAGGUCGAGGAAGAUGGAGAUGUUCAAAGGAUGCAAUUGGAAAAUGGUUGCCAGGAGAAGGAACUCGAGGAAACAAAGAGGCAUCUGGAGGAACUUAAAUGGCUCAAUGAGCAAAAAAGUAGAGAAUGCCAAGAAGCACAGAAGGCCUUAGAGGAUCUUCAGAACGAGCUCAUGCGCAAGUCAAUGCAUGUUGGAUCCCUAGCUUUUGCAAUUGAGGGGCAGGUAAAAGAAAAAACCAAAUGGUUCUCUACACUGAGAGACCUGACUAGAAAAGCGAAGAUUAUUAAGAUGGAUCAUAUUAAGCUCUCAGAAGAGGCUUUGUCAUUUAAGCAUUACACAGAAGAUGUGGCUAACAUGAGCUCUCUCAUUCAAUCAAAGAUAAAGCAACAUGUGGCAUUGCAUGAAGAUCUGAAGGUUAAGUUUACUAAAGGUGCCAAGGAACAAAAGGAGCUCUAUAAUAAGAUUUUAGAAUUGAAAGGAAAUAUCAGGGUUUUCUGUCGCUGCAGACCAUUGAGUGCAGAAGAGAUUGCAAUGGGAGCUUCAGUGGCGAUUGAUUUUGAAGCUUCCAGGGAUGGAGAGUUAACUGUAAAAUCAAACGGGCUGUCUAAGAAGACCUAUAAAUUUGAUGCUGUUUUCACACCCCAAGCAGAACAAGUUGAAGUAUUUAAAGACACGGCACCAUUUGCAGCAUCUGUCUUGGAUGGAUACAAUGUUUGCAUAUUUGCAUAUGGUCAGACCGGUACAGGGAAGACUUUCACAAUGGAAGGCACAAAAGAAGCUCGUGGUGUCAAUUACCGAACUCUGGAAGAGCUGUUUCACAUUAUUGAGGAGAGAAAGAAUACGUUCAAGUUUGAAGUAUCUGUCAGUGUCAUGGAAGUGUAUAAUGAACAAAUACGAGACUUGUUGGUUUCAGAAACACAGUCAGGAACAACAACCACGAAAAAGCUUGAAAUAAAGCAAGACGGUGAAGGAGCACAUCGUGUUCCUGGACUAGUAGAGAGUCAAGUAAACAAUAUGGAUGAAGUUUGGCAAGUCUUGCAGACUGGCAGCCACGGAAGGGCGGUGGGUUCUACGAAUGCCAAUGAACACAGUAGCAGAUCACAUUGCAUUCACUGUGUGAUGGUAAAAGGGGAGAACUUGUUGAAUGGUGAAUGCACAAGGAGCAAAUUGUGGUUGAUCGAUCUAGCAGGAAGUGAGAGAGUUGCAAAAACAGAGGUUCAAGGUGAAAGGCUGAAAGAGACACAAAACAUAAACAGAUCACUCUCUGCACUUGGAGAUGUGAUAUCUGCACUUGCAAAUAAGAGCCCACAUAUUCCUUUUAGAAACUCCAAACUGACUCAUUUGCUCCAGGACUCAUUAGGAGGGGAUUCAAAGACACUAAUGUUUGUACAGAUCAGUCCUAACGAGAAUGAUCUUAGUGAGACUCUCUGCUCGUUAAACUUUGCUAGCAGAGUGCGAGGGGUUGAGUUAGGUCCACCAAAGAAACAACUGGACAACGCUGAGCUUUUGAAAUAUAAACAAAUGGUCGAAAAGAAUAAACAAGAUAUGAAAAUGAAAGAUUUCCAAUAUAAGAAGAUGGAAGAUACGCUUCAUGGACUGGACAUGAAGUUGAAAGAGAGAGACCUAAAAGCUAAGAAUCUUCAAGACAAGAUGAAAGAACUUGAAUCACAGCUUCUAGUAGAAAGGAAACUGGCGAGGCAACACGUGGACUCCAGAAUUGCUGAACAGCAGCAACAUUUGAGACAACAACAUGAUGAUCAAAAUGCUGCAAGGCCUCCGUUUGCAGCCAAAACCACCCUAGCUCAAAUGAAUCUCAACCGUCCACUUGCUGAAAACAAUAAGUACAAUCUCACUGUGGCCCCCACUCAUCCGCAACCUCCCCUUCCUAAGCAAAUCGACGCAACAGAAAAAGAAGGCAAGGAAAAUAUACCCGGGAUUGAACGUAUACUUCUGCCUAAGCGGACUGGUAGAGCUUCUCUAUGCCCAAAUUUAUAUAAACUGCCUGCUGUAUCUGCCCCACGACGUAACUCUCUAAUCCCAUUGCCAAGUGUUACUGGGGUUGCCAAGUUCACACCUUCAUUUUUACCAUUGGAAACAAUUGAAGCAAACGAGGAAGAGGAUUUUGACAAUGUUGAUGGAAAAUGCUUACCUGAACCAGUCCGGGGGGAUAGUCCUACAGAACAUAAUUUUGAAAGUAAGAAAUAUAACGGCGUCUUGAGAAGAAGUAUUCAUAAGAGAAUUCAAACGAAGACCCCAAUGCAACAAAUCCGAAGAGGAGUAAAUGUAGGAAUGGAGAAAGUUAGAGUUUCUAUUGGAAGUAGGAGGGUUGCUCAUAGGGUUUUACUUGGUAAUAAUGCUAGAAGAGUAACAAGGGAAGGACAACAGAAACAGAGCCUAAAAGAAAAGGAGAGAUGGUGGAAUGUUGGAACAAGGGGAGCAGUUUUAUGAUCUCUUUUCUGGCAUUAAUCUUUUCCAAAGUUGAUUUCAUUUGGGUCUUUUAGGGAGGGGAAUUCUUUAUUGAAUCUGCAUUGACUAUGAUGAUUGUUGUAUAUAGUGCCCUUCUACUAGUUUACUCCAGGGUUUUUAAUUAUUUGUCUGACUACGAAGUUGUCAGUGUGCAUAAUGAUUUUACCUUUAAAUCUUAAAUUGAUUGAAUGAGUCCCCCCGAAAACGUGUCUUUUACCCAAUAUAAAAAUCAUGAUUUGUAGUU